AUGUCAAUUGUAAGCGUCGUAGCAGCCAAUGAGAACAAGCGUAUCGACUCAACAGAGCGACUACUGCUUGCGAGCGCUUUGCUUCACGACAGUAAGUUCUCCCUUCGCAGCAGCGAUGAAAAGCAAGCUGUGGUGGAACACGAUAACUUACAAUAUGUCGAUACGGACUUUUACAACAGAAAUAAUUCAAAUACAGUGACAGGUAAAGUUCGUAUGUCAACGCCGGACCGUAUUCAAGUAUUAGAUGGAAGGAUAAAUCGUGCGUACACGUCACCGGAUAUUGAAUUGCACAAUUUUAACGAUUACGAUGGUUCCCUGGACGCCCGUAAAUUGGGGAAUAAUAUUUUCAGCCUUUCUAAAAUGACGGACACUACAAUGUAUACAGCCACGAGCUUUCCGCGACUGCAGCCAGACAAACGUGCGAACUCUGGAGGUGGGUUAGCGCACACUAUUAUUCAAACACAGAUCAGUUCGGACGAUGAGAACGACCUUCGACUCGGGCACGACGACCGCAAGCACAAGGAGAAGGAGAAGCGAAAUCCUAUGUCGGAGAUCGGGUCGGAUAUUAUGCGCGUUAACGGGGCUAUAGGGUCGUUCAAGCAACUACAAAAGCCGACGUCCAUGCAGUCGCUUCCGACGUCUAGUAAAAUGAGUUACACGUCGGAGGACGCCGGUAUGGCGCUCGUUGCCGGCGUGGAUUUGUCGUCGGACAAGAUGAACAAAAACUCGCGCCAGAAGCCGGAGGUCGGCUACAGACUCGGUCGUCGAAAACAACUGUACGAAAAGCGAAAGAAAGUUUCGGACUAUUGUUUAGUGUUCGGAAUGUUCGGAAUUAUACUUAUGAUCUUGGAAAUGGAAUUUACCAUGGCAGGUAUCUAUACGAAGACGUCUCCUUAUUCGAUCUUUAUCAAGACUUUGAUAAGCAUUUCAACUGUGAUAUUAAUGACACUCAUCCUUGCAUAUCAUGCCCUUGAAGUUCAGCUAUUUGCGGUAGAUAAUUGUGUAGAAGAUUGGAGGGUGGCGAUUUCGCCGAGAAGAAUUGCUCAAUUGACACUGGAAGUCAUAGUGUGUGCUAUUCACCCGAUCCCGGGGAAUUUUAUGUUCACAUGGACGGCAAUGCAUCACGAUGGAAAGUACAUGCUUCAAAGCGAUGUCAGCGUUGACGUUUUGUUGUCGUUGCCCAUGUUUCUACGCUUGUAUCUGAUUGCACGAGUGAUGCUUCUUCACUCAAAACUGUUCACGGAUGCUUCUUCAAGAAGCAUCGGCGCAUUAAACCGAAUACACUUUGACACAAAGUUUGUUCUUAAGACCCUAAUGACGAUAUGCCCAGGGACGGUGCUAUUGGUCAACAUUCUCUCCCUGUGGAUAAUAGCAAGCUGGAUAGUACGGGCUUGUGAAAGUAGUUUGGACCCGGUUCAACAUGCCAACAUUCUGAACUCCAUGUGGAUGAUCGCCAUCACGUUCUUGUCUAUAGGGUACGGCGAUGUAGUGCCGAACACGUAUUGCGGCAGAAUUAUUGCUAUUUCAACAGGUGUUAUGGGUGCGGGUUGCACUGCGCUGGUCGUUGCGGUCUUAGCCAGAAAACUGGAACUGAGCAAAGCGGAAAAACACGUGCAUAACUUCAUGCAGGAUACACAACUCACCAAAAGGCUUAAAAAUGCAGCCGCCAACGUUUUGAGAGAGACUUGGCUGAUUUACAAGUACACAAAACUGGUGAACAAGAUGAGUGCAAGCAAAGUCCGUUCGCAUCAGAGAAAGUUUUUACAGGCAAUUCAUUGUUUACGUGGUAUCAAAAUGGAUCAGCGCAAGCUAACAGAGAACCAGAGUUCGUUAGUCGACAUGGCAAAGACGCAGACGCACAUCGAGAAUAUGAUCGCGGACGUUGCCAGCAACACCGGAUCGCUGGAAAAACGGGUCUCCAAACUCGAGGACAAACUGUUCGCUAUUCAGACGCAGAUAGACAUGCUGCCGAACAUGAUCGUUGAACGGCUGAUAGCUCGCCAUGUAGUAAUGGGCAAUGUACCGGAGAGACCCGUAGAAAUACGGCCAUCUUCGGAGUUCCGCCAGAUGGCAAGAAUGUCUCCAGGACGACGGAGAAGAAACCUUGUGACCCAAAGCUCUGUGCCUACACCUUCGUCUCUCUCGCCGUUUAUGACGUCAUCUAACAACGCACCUGACACUAGUACGUCACUUCCGGCCACGCCUUCAGAAAGUAAUUUAAAGAGAAAUCCUCAUUGCUAACAUUCGUAUUUCAAAUUAAACAAUAAUCAAAGUGGUUAUGUUUAAAAAUGGAAUGAUUGUAUGUACUGACAUUGUAGAUAAUAUUCCUCACUUAUGGUCACAUGCAUUCCUUAUUACAAUGUCCAUAUAAAAUAUGGCGAUUGAUCGUAUAUAAGUUGUACAUAUUAUGAUAUAACUUAUUGAACGAAGGUGUACAAAUGUUUAUUUAAAAGAACUUAUUCAAAGAUAAUUUAUUCUUUAUGUUCAAAUUCUGAAAUCAAAUUAAAUAUAUCUGUCAUAUGACAAAUAUUUCUACACUUUUAACCAAUACGUAUGUAUUACUAAUUGCAUAUAAUCGGUUUGCUCCGACUUAUGAAAAUAUGAAGCAGAUAUGGAACUGCAAAUUUUCACCACAAGGCAUGAAUUACAUGUACAAAUAAUACGUUUUAGUCUGCCUUAUAAAUUCAAAUCCAAGACCUGAUUUAUUUUGGCAAUAAAACCACUUGAGCCGCAUUCUGAGAAAACCGAACAUAAUGCAUGGGCGUAAAGUGUCGCAGUCCGCACAGGCUAAUCAGAGACGAAACUUUCCGCUUUAUGACCUUUUUUGUUUAAAGGAAGUAUCUCCUUAGCAAAAAUCCAAUUUAGGCGGAAAGGGUCGUUCCUGAUUAGCCUGUGCGGAGUGCACAGGCUAAUCUGGGACGACACAUUACGCACAUGCUCCACGUGACAAUGCGUAUGUAUGUGAGUAUUCUUAUCUGUCUACUGUUAUGUGUCUUCUCCAGUACAUUCACGUUAAUAUGGUCAAUUCCUUUGCAUCUCAUAUUACCCUGACUAAUAAUUAUUCUCGUAUGAAUCGUUGCAUAUUGUUACUUAUAAAAUGAUAUUUUAAAGAUAGUUUCAAAAAGAGACACGUGCAAAUUCAUACAUACGAGUUUUUUCUCUUGUUAACAAUGAGUUUAAUAUUGGAGUAGUACAUUUCCUAUUUAGCCGUCAAAACGCCCCUUAAAGCAGGUUUUUAACAAGGUAAAACAAGGCUGUUGUCAAGCAAUAUGUUCCCCUACCGGCUCCACCAUUGUCAGAAAUUCCACCAUUUUCAGAAUAUUUUUGGGUUGCCAUAGCAACCACAAUUUUUGACGUAGAAACAAAAUGAAAUGACGUGCAUAAUGUCCAUAUUGCCAUCUAUCCAUGUUCCAAGUUUCAUGAAAACAUAUUCAGAACUUUAAAAGUUAUCGCAGGAUCCAGAAAACCACCAUUUUCUGCAGUAUUUCUAGUCUAUUUGUUGCCAUAGACACCAGAAUUUUUGACGUAGAAACAAAAUGAAUUGACGUGCAUAAUGUCCAUAUUGCCAUCUAUCCAUGUUCCAAGUUUCAUGAAAAAAUAUCAAGAACUUUUAAAGUUAUCGCAGGGUCCAGAAAAGUGUGACGGACUGACGGACGGACUGACAGACGGGGCGCAAACCCUCCAGUGAAACCGAUAGGGGACAAAAAACAUAACGCACACGCAGUCGCUAACAUGAGAUUUACACCAAUGUAUAUUUUUCAUUAUUUAUAUUAGUUGUUAUUAUAUGAGUAUGUACGAUGCAUGUCUCGUACAUCGUUGGAAAUUUUUGUCAAGUUAUAUUUUUUCGCCCUCCGAACUGUGUAUAUAUUGACCUUAUUAAACGAUGACCUUAUAUGCAUUAGAUGAUAUUCGAAAGUAGAGCUCGAGACUUGUGAAAAACAUUUAACGUGUUUUCCUACGCGCCGGAUAAUCACGAUUAAGGAUUUAAAGGGGCCUUUUCACAGAUUUUGGCAUGUUUUCAAUUUUGUAAUUAAAUGUUUAAUGUUGAUAAAUUUAAACUUUGGACCUAAUAAGCUCCAGUAAAAAAUCAAGAAUACAAUUAAAAAAACAGAAAAACAAGAUAACACUCAGCAGGACUCGAACCACUGACCACUUGAGUGCUGGGGUAAAACGCCUAUGCAUUAGACCACUCGACCAUCCUUCUUAUACAAUUGAAGAUGUAUUUUAUAAUUCAUAUAAGCGAUCCUAGUAGUUUCACAAAAUCACAAAAUAUAACGACGACAACAGAACUCUUUAAAUUAUCCAUUCGUUUCGCGUUCCAUCGCUUUAUAAUUUUCAGGUUUUAAAUCGUCAAAAGAUGCAUAUAAAGGCUAUUUUAGAGCAUGGUAAAUGUUCAGUAUUACGGUUUCCUCACAAAUAUCAUAACUAAAACGAAAAUUUGCGAUUAUGAAAUAACUUUUUUCAAUUUCGACAAUUUACCAAACCGUGAAAAGGCCCCUUCACUAUUUUUGGUUCAUGAAGCGAUUGCAAAUGCUACAAACAAUUAUUGCGAAUACUUUCAUUCACAAUAACCACUUUCAUUAUACCAUAUAGUGUAUACACGAUAUGAUAUAUGUUAACUGAAACGUACACCGUGUUGGUUUAUAUAAGUAAUUCAAAUAGCUAUACAUUCAAAACUAAAUGCACCGCAUACUUUUUUAAUAUAGGAGUAUUAAUAUAAUGUUUUAUUUCAUACAAACAACGCGAUACAUUAUUGGUGAAUUUUGAAAACAAUCUGAGCGCACAGCCGUUAUUUAUCGCGUCUCUUUUUGGAGAUGAAUUUAGAAUGUGUCAAUUAUACUAUCGAGAUGGCGCUUUGGACCGAAAGUUGUUUUUUUAAUGUUGUAAACAGCUCAAAUGUGAGUUGUUUUUAUAUCCGUGUUCCUUGACAAGUUUGCCUUAAUUCGGACAAGUCAAUGAGAUUCAACGGAUAUUAAUUCAUUCCCAAAUGUACAGCAACAUACAUAAGAAACACGUUCGUAAACGUCAAGACGUUAUAAAGUUGAGUCGUUGUGAAAUUUGAAACAGCGAAUUUGCGAGUUUGCCUGCUUACGUGGACAUUUUCGAACAAUAAUAUCAUAAAUUAUAUCAACCAGCUGCCUUCAAAUAUACACGUUGCUUCAUUUAAAAUAAUACUGAAUUGUGUUGCAUACUUUCAAAUGAAGUGGAGCCAAUUCAAUGUAGGUGGCAUCAGCAACAGGAUGUUCUGCCGAUUAUGGGAAAAAGUCACACAUACGUCAAUGUUUGUAUUUUGUCGUUUCAAAAGGGCAAAAUGACCGAUUCGUUGUUUCGAAAUUCCAGUGUUACGUCUCUGUUGAGGUCCUCUCGUUUCUAGAUGUGUUGUGAUUGUAAGUUUGUGUUCUUUUGUCGAUCAAUAAAUUUUCGCUCAAUCGCAGUAAAUUGCACGUAUUUCAAAAUUAAGCAAAAUGUUUAUUAAAAAAACAACAAGAACAUAACCUUCUUAAUGUCUAGUGUUAAGAAUUAUUUUCAAAAAUAUGUAUUUUCUUUAACCGCUUUCAUUUCAAUUGGGCAUGUUUUAAGUUAAUGUUGACAUGAAUUAUGUGUUUCAAUUCCACAAUUAUACAUUAGAAAUCGUUGUUUUAACUUGCUGAUAUCAGCUGGUCGAUAUGAAAUACACUUAAAUAUGUAUAACAAUCAAUUUUUAAGUCGAACUGAACUACAUAUUGUUUAUGUUAAAAAAUUAAAAAAUUACAUACAUUUAUUACAUUUACUGUAAUAUAUGUCGUUUACACAUUGCGUUGCUGUUCUUUGAAAACCGCGUAAGUAUAUUUUUAGAACUUUUCAAUAGGCAAAAAAAAACAUUUUUAAAAUACAAUAAUUUAGAGAGUCUGAAAUAGGAACUGAAUAUGAAAGAGAAAACAUCGUAAGUCCAUUUUUAGAAUUAAAAUGACAACUAAAGGCUUUUAUAUUUUUAUAAAUAAAAAGUAUGCCCAUUUUGACUAAGACUAUCUAAAUUAAUAUAUUUGAAAACUUCAAAAAAUAUUCAAAUGUUUUUUGAAAAGUUGGAAAAAUUGACUUACGCAGUUUUUGCAGAAACAAUUAGUGCACCAAUGAGUGUUCAGGAUUUUCUCACGUGCUCAUAACUAUGCCUUCCAAUUGAAUAUGAAAUCCAGUAUUUUCGCAGAAAAUGACCCGUUAACCCGCCGUUCUUAUAAAAACAAAAAUCAAUUUGCGCAAAAUUUGACUUACGCGGUUUUCGAAGAACAGCGACGAUUGGUUGUUUCAAUGUUAAUUAAUUUAAGCAUAGCGUUUUGAAACGUGAACAUUUUAAUAAUUCACCCAGUAACCAUGGUAUUAUAUGAAAUAAUUUCAACGUUGAGCGGAUUACGAUCUUAACACAACAUCGUAAUGUUUCGUUGUGGUACAAAUACUAUUUGACGACUUAAUAAUAUACAGAUAAUGAAUAAAUACAUUUGUGUUACAUUCAAAGACAAUAUAUGUAUUUGCGAAAUGCAGUCAUUGGAGGAUUAACUGAAUAUCUCGCUCACAUAUUUUCUUAAUUCAAGUAUGAUAUUACUACAAUUGUUUUGUACAUAGUUUGUACUUAACUAAUACAUUAGUAUUAUACAUAUGUAUUAUGCUGUAUUUCAUUCCCGUAAUGGAGUCACGUAAAAGCGAUGUUUAAUAAAUCCAUACAUGCAGUAUAUUGACGUUCUGCAUUGAAUGUUAUGAUGAUAUUGUUUUGGUAUGAUAUUGUUUAAAACAGUUAAUUGUUAAAUUGUGUUAUUUGAUGAAAAUAAA